ACCUGGCAACCACUGUAUUAGGCAUAAAUAUGAAUCGUAAUAAUGACCUCAGACUGACCAUCAUUUUCAAAGCGGCGCGAACACAAAACUAUUUCCAUGGUGAUACUGAUAAUUAACGCCCCCAAUUGGGCACUCCCAAGUGGACAUUGCGUCGAUGGAAAUAAAAUGAGGGUACUUUUCUCCGUCCUAGAGUCACAAGAUUGACGUCUGUCAUUUCUGAAGACGUGAUCAUUCGCUAUUACUCAAUGCCAAUCAUAUUUCCAAAUGUUUAUUACGCAAUACUUUGUUUUGCGCCCGAACCAUUUCCAGGUUUUUGAAGGCUGGAUCCGUCAUGAGUUUAGGGAAUCUCCAAUGCCAUGAAGAUACAACGGGACGGACUUUAAAACAUUGACCCCUCGAACGUUUUCACCAAUUGCUAUAUCCUUCUUGGUUGAUAGCAUGUCGGGUCAUUGCUAAAACCUAUAUAAACCGUUCUCAAAUAAAUAAUAAUUCAUAAGUACUCCGAAAUCUUACAGAGAUUAGAACCAAUCUUCUAGUUGUGCUUUCAUCUAUCUUUGCGAUUUUGCGAAAAUUCAGUGUUUAGGAUUUGGGGGAAGAGAACAAUUAUUUUGAGGAGAGACAUACAUUUUAUUUAUUUACCAUGUUGGAUUUCCAGGAGAUUUUAAAGAGAAACUUGAGCAACCUCGGCGACCGGGCUGUCAGCCGUUCCAUGGACGACAUCGGGAUGACGUCACUCAACCGUAACCCGCUGAUGACGGGGAAAUCCCCGUUGGGAAUCGGCAGGGCCACGCCGAAGACCAAACGGCAGAAGAGGGCGGUGCCCAUCCCGGCCAGUGAGGUGGCCAACCCGGUCAAGACGGGCUACCUGGAGGUCAAGAAGAGUGGCUCGUGGAAAAGAUGCUGGUCGAUACUAACCGAGGAUCGCAUGUACAUCUACCGCAAGCCCACCGACUCGCAUACGCUGGAUAUGCUGAUGCUGGACGACUACGACGUCCAGAUCGUGGUCGCGUCGUCCGGCUCGUCGUGGAAGACCGGAACGAAGUUUGCUUUCGAGCUUUAUAACGCGAAGGUUACAGGAACGACGUUAUUGUGUGAGAGCCGUGAGGAAAGGACAGAGUGGAUGCAGGCUAUUGGAGAAAGGUGCCAGAAAUUGAACGGGACUGAGAUGGACGGUACAGCGGAGCAAAGAGGAAGCAGAGAGAAGUUGGCGCCAUUAAUCACACGACUUGAUGGCAGUGAAAAACCGAUCCCCCUCGGCGGGGAAACCAAAGAUUCGGCUUCAUCAUCCGACCUCUCCGACGAAGAUUCACCGAUCAUGGACAAGAAGAAGCAGAUCAUCGAGGAUAAGUACGAGCGGGUGAAGGAAGCGCAGGAGAUGGAGAUGCUCCGUUUGAACACCAUCCUCAACCAACGCAGGAUGUCCGCUGACGUCAAGAUCAACGCCGUCGAGAAGAAGCUGCUUCAGCAACGCAAACAGAGGAAGAGAAAGAAGAAUUCCAGAGGAGAUUCGCUGGACGAAGAGGGUGAGUUUCUGGAAAAGCAGUUGGAGCAGAUGAAGACACGCCUUGAAGAAGUCAACAAGGAAUCACAAGACAUAAACCUUAAACAAGAAGAGCGACUCAAGUCCAUUGAAAACAAGAAGGACGUCGAGUUCAAGAUUCUCGAACAGGAACGGAAACUCCAGAAGCACCGGAAGGCCGCCCAACAAGCCCUUCAGCAGAUCGUCAAAGGCAUCUCAUCAAUCACUCCUCCCAUUGGUGGCAGCAAACCAAGAUUUGAUCUCAUCUCGGAGGAAGCAGAGGACGAAAGCGAAGAGAGGAAACUCUCAGUGGCAAGUUCCGUCGGGAUCAGCUCAAGCGAUAGCAUGGGGAGUCUCUGCGACCCGAAGAAAUUGUUGGACAAUGAAGUGGUUGUUCCAGUUAUGUCUUCGAAAACAGCUUCAGCACCUUUGACAAGACGGCACGCAGUCCACCACCCUCCAAAGCUGCAUUCUGCAGAGAGCAGCACGGAUUCCUCGUCCAGUAUAGACAGUCCAGACGUGGUCAGGCACAACUUUAACCUGGUGGAUGAGUUCACCAAGUCGUUCCCAGCCUUUGACGGCACCUUAGAGCAAGGAUCGAGGGAUAAAUCAAAGUCUUUUGACUCCGGCAUCGCUGACGAAGUUGAUAUUAAUUCGAACAAAUCAUCAACAGUGACCAUGAAGACUAACAUCAAUGGAAAUGUAAAUGACAAUGAGAUGUCAAGUCCAAACGUGCCUUCUCAAAAUCACAUCAGAACUGAGAUCAGCGAGGAUGUCCUACGCGACAUUGAGGAGUUUGAGUUCCUUGCACGUCGUGCUCUUGAGGAAGCCAGCUGGAUGGUCUAAGUCAAAGCUGAAACUCACUACUCACCGUGCAACUCAACCAUGUACAGCUCAACAGUAAAUUAAGAAACAGUAAAGCUAUAUAUUUAUUAGUGGUCUGCCGAUCAACUUAAAUGUUGGGAAGGUUUAUUCUAAUUUAUGUUAUAGAAAUGAACUGUGCUGAACGUUUUGCAGUAAUUUCUAUUGUCUUCCGAAAGUGGCUAUUCUGGUCAUAGGGAAUUUUCUCUAGGUUCUUUAGAUUACUGUGGGAGAACAAUCCAAAAUUAGAUUGAAAAUUUCAAUCUUACUGAUUUUAAAACUAUAUUCUAUUCUGAAUUUAAUUUUGGAUUGGUCCCCCAUCUUAGUCUAAUAGAUUGAUUUUCAGUCUUAGAAAUUUAGAGAGCGCCCUCUACAAAAAGGACUAAACCUCGGCGCAACUGGCAUUUCCUUUUCUAUGGAGUUGAAAGCCAAGACUGUGCUAUAUAUUGUAUCUAUUGGUCUUCCAGAUUUGUUGGAUUGAGAUCUUCCAUUUUCACAAGUUAAUACUCAAUUCAUAUGUUUUGUAUAAGGACAAUUUGGGUUUGACUUUGUUGGAUCCAUCGGACCUACAUGCCUCACAAAAAACUGCACAGUGGUCAAUGAUUGGCUGAUUAGGCCUUGAGGCUCAAAAUGAUAUGCAAAGAUCUUUUAUGUCUCAGGUUUCAAAUCAAAGUGCUUUUUUUUUGUUUUUACAAAUGUCAAGAUUUUUGGUACAAGUAAGCACAAAUCCAGACUUAAAACGGGUUUGCUUUCUGAGGGUUUACAUACAGAAUAACCUCUUGAUAUUCGUAAGGUUUGAUGUUUUUCUUUCAGAAGUGAUAAUAAACUAUCUCAGUACCAAGGAAAGUCAUAGUUCUUCCACAUGAGACAAAGGAUGAGAUAAUACUGCUCAUAAUAUGCAACACAUGCACCCUCGAUGUUCAUAUUAAAGUAUAUGCAAACAGGGUGGGGCCACAUGGGGGAGGGGCAGAUUUUGGUCUACUCCAGUUUGAUUUUGUACUGAUUUCUGGGAGCAAGCACAAAACUACAGAAUGUAGAACAGUUUGUGGAAACAAUCGUUGCCAAUCAUGAUCAAGACUCAAAAGGGUUCUCUAUGUAGGGACUGAUUUAGGAAUGACGUGAAUUUGCGCGAUCUGUUUUAUCAAAGUUAAUGUUUAUAAAUCUGGCUGGACCAGAUUUUAUGCCAAGUUUCAAAACUGAAACCUUUUUUUUAUAACAUGCAUUAUUUAUGAAACUACUGAGUUUUCAUGGGAUUUUAUUAAUAUCACUUUUAGCAGGAAUUAGGUUUCCAUAGUUGGCAUAAAUUAUCUACUUUUCCCUUGGCGGGUAUUCUGAAGUAAAAUGUGCAGCAUGACUGUCGUUAUAUCCAUUGUCAUUUAUUAUUUGGCGGUGAGGGCACUGAAGAAUAAAGAAGAAUAGUUACAGGGGUGGUGGAAGUUAUACUAUUAUAUUGCUAUGAUAUUGCCAUGUAAUAUUAUUUCCGUGUUUUUUCAUACCCACAUCUGUUUCUCUCUUCCUUUCAUUUGCCCCCAUUUGAAGAGGAGUGCCUUCGCCUUUCCAUAUGCUCAAAUAUUGUUUUUAAAACCUUAAUAUCCUUUUCAGGUUCAUAUGAAUUCUCAUACAUUAUCUGUCAUAUUAUAUUGCAGUAUAUAUUACUAAUUUGUAUGUUGUUAUAAUACAUUUAUUGGCCCCACACGGUCAUUUCAAUAUUACUUUUAAAAUUUCAUAAUGAAAACCAUGAAGAAAUACAUAAUAAA